AAAAGUUGGAAACAGUACUAUGAUAGUUCUUGUUAACAACACUUUGACAAGAAAGAUAAGAACAAAGAGUAACAUGUUAACAACAAUGGUGUUCAACUCAUGUUACUGUAAUCCUUCUUCCUCUCUUCCUAUAAAUACCAAAUCUAAUCCAUUUCUUUCCCAACAACAACAUAACACAUUCCUUUCACGUAUUCCAACUAUAAUCAAAUAUCAUCUCCAAAUUUCUGAUUUUACAAAACACUAUAAUUCAAAUCCAUCAUUUCCCUUAAUUUCUUCUUUUAAGAGAAGAGAGGUUGAGGUUGAAGAAGAAAUGACGAUCAAACCCGCAAUUCGUGUUUCUGACGGGAAACUAAUGGUAAAAGAUCGGCCAAUUCUAACCGGAGUAUCCGCCAACGUAACUGAGACUUCAGCGGCUACUACCAGACCAGUGGACGGAAUCUUUCUCGGAGCAGAAAUGGAUAAUUCAGAUAGCAGACACAUAGUUUCACUCGGAAAAUUAACAGAUGUUAGAUUCAUGGCAUGUUUCCGUUUCAAGCUAUGGUGGAUGGCACAAAGAAUGGGAGAUAAAGGAAGCCAAGUUCCAUUAGAAACUCAAUUCUUAUUGGUUGAAACCAAAGAUGGGUCCCAUCUUGAAGAAGAUUCAGAUAUUACUUACACCAUUUUUCUUCCUCUUGUUGAAGGCUCAUUCAGAGCUUGUCUUCAAGGAAACGUUUCCAACGAUAAUCUUGAACUUUGCAUUGAAAGCGGCGACGUUGAUACCAAAACGUCGUCGUUUUCUCAUGCUUUGUUCAUCACCGCUGGUACCGAUCCGUUUGCGACGAUCCACAAUGCUUUCACUGCGGUUAGGAAUCAUCUCAACACAUUCCGGCUUCGUCAUGAGAAGAAGCUUCCUGGAAUUGUUGAUUACUUUGGUUGGUGUACUUGGGAUGCGUUUUAUCAGGAUGUUACGCAGGAAGGUGUGGAGGAUGGUUUACAGUCCCUUUCUGGUGGCGGAACGCCGCCAAAAUUUGUUAUCAUCGACGAUGGAUGGCAAUCUGUCGCCGGUGAUUUGGAGGAUUCUUCAUCGUUGCAGAGGUUAACUGAUAUAAAAGAAAAUCCUAAAUUUCAGAACAAGGAAAAUCCAGAAGUAGGGAUAAAGAGUAUUGUGAAUAUUGCAAAGGAAAAGCAUGGUGUGAAAUUUGUUUAUGUUUGGCAUGCUAUAACGGGUUAUUGGGGAGGGGUUAGACCGGGUUUGAAGGACACUGAGGAGUACGGUUCAGUGAUGAGUUACCCUGAGAUUUCAAAGGGUGUUAGAGAGAAUGAACCAACGUGGAAAACCGAUCCAUUAGCGGUUCAGGGUUUGGGUUUAGUGAACCCAAAGAAGGUUUUUAGUUUCUAUGAUAAUUUACACAAGUAUCUUUCAAGGGCUGGUGUUGAUGGUGUUAAAGUUGAUGUGCAGUGUAUUUUGGAGACACUGGGGGCCGGCUUAGGUGGUCGAGUUGAAAUUACCAAACAGUAUCAUCAGGCCUUAGAUGCUUCUGUUGCAAGAAACUUUUCGGACAACGGUUGCAUCGCGUGUAUGAGUCAUAACACUGAUGCGCUUUACUGUUCGAAACAAGCUGCUGUUGUUAGAGCUUCUGAUGAUUUCUAUCCGCGUGAUCCAGUUUCACAUACAAUCCACAUUGCCUCGGUUGCGUAUAAUAGUAUUUUUCUUGGGGAGAUUAUGCAGCCAGAUUGGGAUAUGUUUCAUUCACUACAUCCUGCGGCUGAGUAUCAUGGUUCGGCCAGGGCUAUUAGUGGUGGGCCUGUUUAUGUUAGUGAUAAGCCUGGGAAUCAUGACUUUGAUUUGUUGAAAAAGAUGGUGUUGCCUGAUGGGUCGGUUUUAAGGGCGCGCUUGCCUGGAAGGCCGACUGCAGAUUGUUUGUUUAAUGAUCCGGCCCGUGAUGGGGCGAGUUUGCUUAAGAUAUGGAACAUGAAUGCUUGUGGUGGGGUGCUUGGAGUGUAUAAUUGUCAAGGUGCUGCUUGGUGUGCUAAUGAGAGGAAGAAUGCUUUCCAUGAAACGGAUUCUGCUGCUCUUACUGGCUACGUUAGAGGACGGGAUGUUCAUCUGAUAUCGGAGGCUGUUGCUGGAGAUGGUGAUUGGAACGGUGACUGUGCCUUUUAUGCUCACCAUUCCCGUGAGCUUGUGGUUCUUCCUCACAACGUUGCUAUGCCGUUGACCUUGAAGGUGUUGGAACACGAGGUAUUUGCUGUUGCGCCUGUUAAGGUUUUCAAUUCUGGGUAUAGGUUUGCUCCUAUUGGGCUUGUGAACAUGUUCAAUGCCGGUGGAGCGGUUGAGGGGCUUGUGUACAAGGACGAUGCUGUUCGCUUGGAGAUUAAGGGGUGUGGCAAGUUUGGUGCUUAUUGUUCCGCUAGACCAACAAGGUGUUUGUUGGAAGACAGUGUUGUAGAUUUCGAGUAUGAUAAUGAUUCUGGUUUGUUGAGUUUCGCAAUAGAUUAUUUGCCACAGGAGGGACACAAUGUUCACCAUGUUCAGAUUGAGUUAUGACUUGAUUAAUUGUCUUUUUAGUCAGAUUUAAAGUAGCUGUUGUAAUACGGAGAGGGUAAUAGAAGAGAGGGGACGGGAGGGGUUUCAAUCAUUUAAUUUCCACUUAUUGUGUAUUCAUUCACAUCCAUUGUUUGUACUAGCUGUGAUUUAUUGAAUUAUCAUUAUUGGUGAAACUUGAGUUUAUGAUAUUCCACAAGAGUAGACUAGUACUGGUACUUUUUUUUGUUUA